CCUAUUGUGAAUCGAAAACGACCAUUAUGCUUAGGCACUGCAGAUGACGUCAUAAGAGUUCUACCUCUGUUAAGUACGGAACACGCCGCAUAAUCGAUUUUCCUGCAACGAUUUUUGGGCGGGGAUUUUUACCGUCUCCCACUCCUCCACAGUUCUCCAAUUUCCUUGACAGGUAUCGCUGUCAAAAUAGUUUUUUUAAUUUAAAAAACUCAAUUUACCUUUGUUUUUAGUGUUAAAUCCUUUCAAAAAUCCUCAAAGUUCCAUCAACAAUAACUAUCGUAUCAAAAACCAACGAGAUGCCAGCCCCAGCCCCUGCCGAAAAUGGAGCCCCCAAAACAGAAUUGCAAGAGUUGCAGCUCAAAGCUCAAGAACGUACAGAUGAAUCUCUGGAAAGUACAAGACGGAUGCUGGCAUUAUGCGAAGAGAGCCACGAGGUGGGGAUGAAAACCCUGGUCAUGCUGGAUGAACAGGGCGAACAAUUGGACCGGAUCGAGGAUGGCAUGGACCAGAUUAAUACCGACAUGAGAGAGGCCGAGAAAAAUUUGACGGGAAUGGAAAAAUGUUGCGGAUUGUGCGUUCUGCCUUGUCAAAAGGGAUCGUCGUUCAAAGAAGACGAAGGAACAUGGAAGGGCAAUGACGACGGUAAAGUGGUGAACAAUCAGCCUCAGCGUAUGAUGGACGAUCGCAAUGGUAUGGGUCCUCAGGGCGGUUAUAUCGGUCGGAUCACUAACGAUGCUCGGGAAGAUGAAAUGGAAGAAAAUGUUGGACAAGUAAAUACUAUGAUUGGCAAUCUACGUAACAUGGCCAUCGAUAUGGGCUCAGAAUUGGAGAAUCAGAAUAGGCAGUUAGAACGUAUCAAUCUCAAGGGCGAAAGCAACGAAACACGAAUCGCGGUGGCAAACCAGCGUGCCAAUAAACUUCUCAAGUCCUAAACAGGGGGAAGUGGAUUCACACCCCGCCACAGUCUACUUUUAUACUCUUCUCUUUAUCUCUCACUUAUUGAUGUUAACAGCUUAGUGAUACUAGAUUAUCUAUAAUACUUAUCUCAGUAUUAUUAUACUUGUGUGUACCAAUUAAGUUUUAUUCGUGUACGUACUUAAAAACAGCUGAAUUAAGUAGUAGUAUGAGGAUAGGUCUUUGAAAAUUUUUAAAAUAAACCAAUUUUAUUCAGUUAAGCCAUAACUUUAUAAAAUUGGUGCUUUAAUGGACAUAUCAAUAGAUAGUUGAAUUCUAGUUUGCUAUUCUAGAUUAUGAGUGGUCCAAUAACAACAUUAAUAAGCUUGAUAGAAUACGUAAAAGAAGAGCAAUAUUUAGAAGUAAUUUAUUUUAAUUCCGUUAACAUACUCAGUGUCUAUUUUUGAAAACUAUGGCAGGCCAUGGAAAAUAGAUAAGUACCAUUCCUUUGAUGUAAAUGAGUUAAUACAACUGAUUCACACAUUAUCUGAAAUAAAAAUCAGCAAUCAACUAUUAUAUAAAUUGUCUUUACCUCCACUACUAUUUAUUUAUUUAUAUAUUUUUUUAUUAGACAAAUAAGUGAAUGAGACAUUAUUGUUGUCUCUGUGUUUUAACUAUUAGAGGUACUAUUAACGAAUAAUUAAAUUAAAUAGUCCGCUUUUGAAAGUAUGUACUUAUAAAGGUAGUUUAGUAUCUCUAGUAGUUAGCGCUUGUUGAGAUUUUUCUUAGAGAUUAAGCAUAAUUGCGCACAUAUUUUUGUCGAGUGAUCAAAUCACAAUAUUUUUGUUGAAAUGUCGUUUGGUGAAUUUUCAAAUUUUAAUGUAGCAGUUGUAUGUAUUUUCAAGUUUUCGUUUUAAAUUUGUUAAAUUAGAAUAGCCAGAAAAAGUAGUGUGAAUAAAAAUAAUGUAGCUUUAUUCUAGUUGGGAAAAUUUUGAUGCCAAACGUGUAGGCCUUUUUAUUCACACUCUAGGUGCAUUUUUAGGCUUUGAAUUUGCUAUAUUAUUUAAUAAAAUGUUAAAGGUUGGGGAAAUUGUUAUCGAUUCGGUGUAAAUAAGGCCGAAAGAAAAAACAUGUAAAUAUUUCAUAUCCAAAGCAAAUGAAGUGGUACGUUUUAAAAUUUAAUUUUAUGUAGCAUGUUUUAUUUUAUAAUUUAGAACCGAUUAUUUGCCUUCAAAAUAAUUUUUAAUUAAAUGUUUAAGAUUUUCUUCCAUUAUUUAGCUAUUUAGAAAAAUAGAAAAUUCGUUCAAAGUUUUUGACCCUAGUCAUUAUAUACAACGACAUUACAUCUAAUUAGCCAUAACUUUCCAGAAUAACAGGUAUCGAAACAAAACAAAAAUGAGCGAAUUUUCAAAAAAAAAGAACUCCUUUUUUUCUACUAUACCUACCCAAUUUUUUUAGUAUUGUUAAGGUCUAGAGUUAAGAGAAUGAGUGAUAUUUAAAAAAAUUAAGAUUGGAGGCUGUUGUAUUUCAAUAUUUAUUAUUAUAAUAGAAAAUAUUGAAUUUUAAUUUUUCUUAUCGAGUAGUUAGAGAAAAAGCUUUUAAAUAGCUUAAUUAUUAUUGUAGGCCGAAUCAGGCGUUCAAGUGAAUUAUUUAUACAACAUAAUAUGGAUACUAACAUAAUAUGGUAUAGUCUAGUUAUUCCAAAAGUAAUAAAUAAAAAAAUGUAUUAUCAGAA